CAAAUAUAAUAGUAGUGUCAAAUAUUGGAUCAACACAAUGAACAACACAUCAAUCAUUGUUGAGCAGUCACCGAACUUUCAAUUUCUCUCCGUUUGUCACUACAUUACUCUUCUUGGUACUUUUUUUCACAAUACAAAUUUUAUAACAUUUGAGCAGCAAAGUCAACCUGACAUUGUUGUCAACACUUUAAUUGAGUAUCUAACGAUUGCGAAGAAUGAAACCCGCUCGAAACAUUUCCUUUUAAGUACAAUACUAAAAGGAACUGAUCUCUAUGGUGGUGAAAAAGGUGAAAAACUUGACAAGAAAUAUGUAAAUGAAACCUUUAAGUACUUCAUUAAUGGGGUACUAUUUCCCAACUAUAGCAACAUUAAUUUGUAUUUGGCUGAAAUGAUUCAGAAUUCAGAUAAUUUAAAUUACUCAAUUUUUAAGAAAACCGUGUAUAAUCAUCUCUUGCAACAUCACUUCAAUUGGGAAUACUGUUCGCAAAAAAAUUACACAUCAACACUACCUCAAUUGACAAUUAAAAAAAUUUUCGACGAAUACAUUUGGUCAAUUUUUCCCCAACCCGAAGAAGACAUGAGCAUAAUGGACGUUAAAUACAUGUAUUCAAUGGUAGGUUUAAAUAUCCUCAGGUCCACGUCAUUGGAUGAACCAAAUCUUUCGUUCUCGGAAUAUAUUUUAAUCUCGCGAGAACUUGAUUUGCAGCAUAUCGAUAAUGAAACCUAUAAAAUUGUAUUACAGUAUUACUCAACUGCAGCUUUAUUUUUUUAUGCCUCUAAAGGCAAAGGAAUAAAUAAAAUUAAUUUAAAUGAUGAAUUUUGGAGACAAGCUUAUAAAAUUUUAUUUACCGAAAUUGAUAUCAAAAUGAAUGAAAUUGUAAGUAAAGAAAUUGAGAAUAGUUUGCCUUACAAACUGGAAAGGCAAAUCAAUAUUACCAAAACUCGGACGAUGAUUGCCCGAGAAAUACUUCUUCUUUAUUGUUUUCCUUCUGUCCAUGGUGUCUAUAUAGAAACACUUGUGUACUUGUAUAAAACCCUGUACCUUUGGACACUAAAAUCUGUACUCCAGCGAGAUUGCAAAACAAGUCAUUUUCCAGAUUUAAAUAAUGUAUUUUUUAAGCAAUUUCCAAAAAUAGAAAAACUGUACAAAGAAAUAAUAAGAAAUUCAAUUUCGAAUGUCUUAAUCGACGGUGGUUUAUUAGAAAAAAUGAAUCCAAAUGUUACAGUAAAUUCUGCAAAACUAAUAUUUCCCAUGAAAUGUUACGAUGAUUGUAAUAUCGACCUAAAAAUAAACGAAGACAUACAUGUAAUAUUUGCAAUAAUUAAAAACAAAAAAAAAGAAUACUACGCUAUUAGACAAGUGAAAGAUGAAUUGACAUUAAUUACAAGAAAUGGAAAUGAAAAAGAAUUUCUUAGCGCUAUUACUAAUCCUAAAUAUUUAAAACUGGUCAAAUCAGUUAAAGAGAAUUUACUUGAACAGUCAACGUAUAAAUAUAAAAAUGAAAAUUAUAAAUUUUUUGUUGAAAGAAUUGCCAAUAUGAAGACAAAGCUGUUUAUAACAAACAUGACAAAAGAAUAUUAUGAGAAAACUCUUGAUGAAAAAAUUUCAAAUAUCGUGAAAAUUUUUAUCCCAUUAUACAAUUGUAUUGAAAGUUCAAUAGCAGGUGACAUAAGUGGAGCCACGUUAAGUUGUAGCCUGGAUAUUUUAAGUUUUAUGCCAAUUAUAGGUUUAUUUGCAUCAACUUCAUUUAAGAUAGUCAACAGUGUCGGAGGUUCAAUUGUUAAGAAUAUUUAUAUUGCAAACGCUGUUGCAAAGACAGCCGAAAUUGUGACCAAAAUGUCAUUAACUGCAGCGUUAAAGGCAAUUACAAAAGAUUCUGUUAUUACAAUCGCAAAACAAAUUUUAACUAAAGAAUUCUCUAAAGCUUUAACAAUAGCCUCGCUUCGAACACUAGAUCCUGGAUUUGAAUUACUUUACUCAAUGGGCCGCUUUAGUUUUAAAAUGUUAGGAAAACUGGUUAAAAAUUUUGAAUUAAUUUUUAAAACUAUAUCACAAGCUAAAAAUUUUAUAUUAUCACUAAAAACCUUAUUAAUGAACAUGCAACGAAAUAUGCAUCUGUUAACUGAUAUAAGGGGAUUAGUACCAAAGGUUUUAUUGAAGAAAAAUAAUUAUGACAUUGUUAGAUACCAUUAUCCUGGUGGUUCACAUUUAUUUGGACCUGAGUGCAUAAGAUCAAUUGACACGAUUGCCGAAUUAAGAACCGUGCAAGGAGCUUCAUAUAAGCUUCCAGUUGUUCCAGUAAAAUCACCAGGUGAAAUAUUUUACAAACAAUUUGUUCCAGAAACUGGCGAUAUAAUUGGACCCAACUUAAAAAUGGAUAAAAAUGAUCUGCUUCUUCGAGUUAAAUUUAUGGUAGCGGAUAUGGUGGCUAAUGGACCAGAAAUGAAAAUAACUCGUGAUUAUCAUGUCUAUCAUAAUACAAUAGAAUGGAAAAUAAAUCCUUCGAAGGAAAACUCGCCCGUAAAUUUAAUUCAACAAUUCAGUACAUUGGAAAAUAAUUCUCCACAACUUCCUAAUCUCCACCCUCAUCCACUUCCGGUAUCAACCAAUGUGCUGGAAGAAGUAGAUUAUAUUAAUUCAAUGAUUAAAGAAGGCGAUAUAUCAAAUAGUUUCGAAUUCUCAACAGUACAAAUGCAAAGAUUACAAGAAUUUUUGGAUAAUAUCCCCGGAACGUCGAGACAAACUUUACAAAUUAAACCAAAAGUAAAUAUUGAAAAAGUCGAAAUAAUACCAAAGGGUUACGAUCAUUCUUCACAAUAUGUAAAACAAAUACUAGAAGGAUUCAAAGAAAAUCAAAAUCUAAAUCCAAAUAAAAGAAAAUUAGAUACAAUGUCAGAAAUUAAAGAAAAUAUUCCAUCACAUCAACAUGAAACACAAGAUUUAUUGGAUAAUAUCCCCGGAACGUCAAGACAAAAUGUACAGCAAAAUCCAAAUUUAAGCAAAGAAAAAGUAAAUACAGUAUCCGAAGGUUUAGAGAACACUUUACAUCGGGAAAAAAUACAAAAAUUGGUGUUUCACUCCGGGACUUCAAUGAAACGUUUUGAAAAUACUCCAGUGUACUAUAAAACGAUGUUGAAACUCGCAAAGUACAACGAAUAUGUAAAUUUAUUAAAAUUAUGGAGAAACAAUGGUUUAAAAUUUAUGAUGACAAAAAAAACUAAAAUAUAUAAUUUCCGUCGUGCGUUAAAUUCUCUGGCUCAUUUUCAAUUGAAUAAUGGAUAUCCGUUAAGAAUAUCACGUAAACUGUAUCACACUCAAAUAAUGAAUGGAAUAGAAAAUGUUAAUUUAUUAAGUAAUUUGAAAACAAAAGAUUUUUUCUUUAAUGACAUUACUCUUUUGACAAAUAAAGAAUCAAUGCCACUAUUAAAAUUAAAGGAUUCAGAAAUACAAGUACAAUACAGCUUAACAAUUACUUCUCCAUAUGGAAUUGUAGACUUAUCUCAUAUUCAUGAAGACUUUGUAAGUGACUACAUAACAUUUGGCGAUGUAGUAUUUACAGUAAAGGAUAGUUCUUUUAUUGAAAGUAACAAGAUUUUGAAUAUCCAAUUAGAGCAAAAAAGAAUGUCAUUCAGUCACUGGUUUCAAUUUUUAGAGAAUGAUUUAACAGAAUUGUUGCAGAUGGAAAAAAAUGAAAAAUUACCAAGAUUGAGUGAGAUUGAAAAGCACGCCAGCAUCUUAUCCAACAGUCUUCCGCUGACUUCCUUGAAAUCAGCAAGAAGAAAUCUCGAAGGGUAUAUUUUAAGAAUAAAACCAAAUAAAAAUGUUCCAACUUAUAAUGAAUUGGUCAAUGAAAUAUUAAGUGGUAAAUUAACGCAUUUAUAUAAGGAUUGGAAAAUAGGUUUUCAUCCGUAUAUUCAAGACGUGUUACUUAAAAGUCAUUUAGAUAAUAUUUUUGCAGAAAAUGAUGCAAAAAUAAGAAUUCUGGAGAUAUAUGGUUUAACUUAUUCUCAAGAUAUAAGUGAAGCUUUUUCUAAAUAUGAUAAGAUUAAAGAUAUUAGACAGCAUCUUCGAUUUGAGGAUUAUUAUAUUUUAUAUUCCUAUACGAAGAGAAAGAGUUUAUUAAAUAUUGAUGGACAAAGACGAAUGGAUGCUGCAAUUAAUCGACUAGCGCUUAGACAAAGUGGCACACGCAGAAUAGACUUAAUGUUUCAUCGUGCUGAAAUGAUUAGUGAAGAUUAUGCUAGGCACCUUUUAUCACUCGAGAGGAAAAAAUGGAUUACAUUUGAAGAAAAUACUAUGUUAUAUCUAGAUCGUGAAAUGGAAUUAGAUAAUUGUCUGAAGAUGGCGCGUACUUCAAAUCAAAUCCCAUUAAUAAUGGAUAUUAGAUUGAAAAAUGCGGCUGGUCUUGCUGACGUUACUAGUGUCAUUUCCGACGCAACUCAUCCAUUUUAUGUCAUGACAUCGAGGUCUGAAUUUAUAUUGGAGAAUAAUGUAUAUAUUGACACAAUUGAAGGUGUGGAAGUGCUGAUUAUGAAAAUAGAGGAUCGUGUAAGUCCAUCGGAAAAAAGAAUGGUUAAUAUCGCAAAGAAUCUUCAGGAAUUAUUUUCUACAAAUACCAAGUUUUACUCGGAAUUUGGUAAUUAGAUUUUAGUAAAAUUUCUUGUUUUUAUAAUAAUAGACACAGUGUAUGUGUCAUAUAGAUACAGGUGGUGGUAAUCAAGAUAUAGGUGGUGGGCAUUAAUUAAACAUGUUUUUGUUAAAUUUAGUCUGAUGAUGUUGAAUUGAUUUUAAUCUGAUGAUCUGAUAAAAUCUGAUGAUUUUAAUUUAACUAAUUCAGUUUUAUAGUGAUCCAACUAAAUAAAUAAAUAUUAUAUUCGUUAUGAAAAAAUCA